AUGGCCGAACCUGUAAAGACCACAUCAACUCAUUCUGGUGAAUUGCCUAUUGGCGCUGACGGAAAACCGCUCAAGCCAUGCUGUGCUUGUCCUGAAACCAAAAAGGCCCGUGAUCGAUGCAUUUUCGACAAUGGCGAGGAGAACUGCCAGGAUCUUAUUAACGCUCACCUCAAGUGCAUGCGCGAUCUUGGAUUCAAGAUCUAA